ACAGCGCUGUGUGUCACGAUAGGGUGCCGUGUGUCGCGAUAGGGCGUUGUGUGUCGUGAUAGGGCGGUGUGAUAGGGCAGUGCGUAUCCCAAUAGGGUGCUGUGUGUCACGAUACGGUGCUGUGUGUCGCGACCGGGCGGUGUGAUAGGGCAGUGCGUAUCCCAGUACGGCACUGUGUGUCACGAUAGGGCGCCGUGUGUCGCGAUAGGGCGCCGUGUGUCGUGAUAGGGCAGUGUGAUAGGGCAGUGCGUAUCCCAGUAGGGCGCUGUGUGUCGCGAUAGGGCGCCGUGUGUCGCGAUAGGGCGGUGUGAUAGGGCAGUGCGUAUCCCAGUAGGGCGCUGUGUGUCGCGAUAGGGCGGUGCGCGUCGCGACGCGGCGUCGCCGAACAGCAUUGACUGACUGGUGCCGAACUGUUGCAGGUCACUUGCGGGAAGCCCCUUCCCCUCUCAUGAUGCAUUCCCCACAGAUGCCGCCGUUCCAGGGCUUGGUUCACCAGUCGCCACCUCAACAAAACAUCCAGCCAAAAAAGCAGGAGAUGCGAUCCGCCUCCGUCGUGCAAUCGCAGCCCAUGGUGGUGAAGGAGGAGAAGAUGCAUUCUCCCGUCAUCCGGAACGAAACCUUCAGCCCCCCUUUGAGGCAGGACCCCCCGAAACACCCCGAGAGCAUCAAACCCCCCGCCCACAUCCCGCAGAGAACGGAGAUGAAGCCCAUGGAGGGCGGGCGGCCCGUCAUCAGACCCCCCGAGCAGAACGCGCCGCCGCCGGGCGUGCAGGACAAGGAGAGGCAGAAGCAGGAACCCAAAACGCCCGUCGCCCCUAAAAAGGUGCGCUGCUCCCCAGGGGGAAGAGCCCCAAAACGACGCCCGGCCCCGGAGGCGCCCAGGGCUGCGAGGGGUUCUGAGCUCCCCUUUCAAUCCAGCGGUGAUGCGAUCUCGUGGUUCGGUGACCUUUAAGGACCCUUCCAAUCCAAUCCCAACCCAUCUGAUGGUUCUGUGAUCUUUAAGGACCCUCCCAACCCAACCCCAACCCAUUUUGUAGAUCUGUGACUUUCAAAGACCCUCCCAACCCAACUCCAACCCAUCUGAUGGUUCUUUGACCUUUAAGGACCCUUCCAAUCC